AUGGACGCACGGUCCCCUUCUGAGCGUCCUCACGACCUCACCACAGACAACGAUGGACAGAUGCCUUCUUUAUACGAAAAGAAGGCUGGAGAUGUGGUCGUAGCUUCAAGUGAGGCAUCGACCGGUGAGCGUGAUGGCAGCGAUCGGGGCUCAGCGAUCCCGCUGAAGAUGAAGCUCAUUGCUAUUCUCUUAGUGACGGCAACUGGGUUUGGUUCGCACUGGAGUAGUGGUGUCACUGGCGCGAUGAAGAGUACGGUGAAGAAGGAACUACAUAUCAACAAUGCGCAAUACUCCGUGCUGGAAGCUAGCGAGGACUUUAUGAAAACAGCUCUGAUCCUCGUGAGCGGCCUUGUUACCGAUAGGAUUGGUGGUGCAAGUGCCAUGCUCUGGGGUAAUGCUAUUUACAGCAUAGGCGCCAUUUUCAUUGCAGCCGCUACUACCGUACGAUCGUACAAGUUCAUGAUAUUUGGAUCCAUUGUUCAGGCAUUUGGCGACAUCGCCACACAGGUCGCGCAAUACAAAGUGUUCAGCUCCUGGUUCGCGCCAUCCAACGGCUUCGCAUCAACCCUAGGUUUCGAACUCGGCAUUGGUAAGAUCGGAUCUUUCGUCGGCAAAGCUACUGCAAACGUCAUCGCAAAGAAUACGGGCGACUUUAGCUGGGUAUACUGGGUCGCCGUCUUUAUGAAUCUCUUCACCAACGUUACCACCCUCCUAUACUGGUUCUUUACACGAUGGUGCGGCAAGAAAUACACUGGUACAGCCGACCCCGCGACCGGCGAGAAGCUCACAGAAAGCAACAAGAAGUUCGAGUUUGGGAAAGUACUGCGGCUUCCAUGGACUUUCUGGAGUAUCGUUGCAUUCUCCCUCUUUCAGACCAGUACUGCGUCCGUCUUCGCUCAGAACGCAACAGAAUUCGCUGAGCAGCGCUUCGAUAUGGAUGCUGUCAAGGCGGGGUGGUACUCUUCCCUGGCGCAAUACCUAGGCUUCUUUCUCGUUCCGAUUAUUGGCGUCUUCGUAGACGUUCUGGGCAACCGUAUCACCCUGAUGCUAGUGUGUGGCUUGGGCAUGUUGCUGUCCAUGUGUCUGGCCACAUGGGGUCCGACGUUUGCUGGCACCGCAGCCUCGUUCGGCAUCUACGGUGUCGCGUCUAUGUUCGGUCCAACCGUCAUCAUCGACUCGAUUCGCACUUCCAUGUGGUACCAAGAAGUCUUCGGUUCUGGAUAUGCCGUCAAGAUCGCCGUCAACAAUGCCAUGUCCAUCAUCAUCCGUAUCAUCACGGGAGUUAUUCAGGAUCGUGACGACAACUCCUAUGACAAUGUCGUCGUCGUAUACGUUGUUCUUUCUGCUUGUUCGGUUGCGGUAGCCGCAAGUAUGUUUGUUGGCUGCUUUUGGACGAGCGACCUCGCUCAACUCCAGUGGACAAGGCGCCAGCGCAUUGCAAAGGGCGAGAUCAUCAACGUACGGAGGGAGGAGUUUGGGUCCGGAUCUGCUGGCCGGAGGAAUAGAAAGAUUAGCAUGUCGUUGUUUGUUGCGCUAUUGUUCUUGGUCGUGGGUUCUUGGGCGGCGUAUUUCUGGGGCGUUGCAACGGGCAACAAUGGCUGA